AUGAAGAACGAAUCAACCAUCAUUGAUGUUCCUGCAGAAACCAGCUCAGCCAUGAAAGGAAAAGCUCCUCUAAUCGGUAUGGCUAAAGACCACACUACUAGUGCCUCAGGUGGAUACAAGAGAGGUCUCUCAAUCUUUGACUUCCUACUCCGUCUAGCUGCAAUUAUUGCAGCAUCAGUAGCAGCUGGAACCAUGUUUACAAGCGACGAGACUCUUCCUUUCUUCACACAGUUCUUGCAGUUCGAAGCGGGUUACGACGACCUACCAACUUACCAGUUCUUUGUGAUUGCCAUGUCCAUGGUUUCAGGCUAUCUCGUCCUAUCUCUUCCCAUCUCUGUCGUCACCAUAGUUCGCCCUCUCGCCACCGCUCCAAGACUCCUCUUGCUCGUUCUUGAUACUGCGGCCCUGGCGUUUAACAUGGCGGCUGCAUCAUCGGCAGCAGCAAUAUCGUAUCUAGCACACAAUGGGAACCAGAACACGAACUGGCUCCCCAUUUGCCAACAGUUUGGUGACUUCUGUCUGAAAAGCAGCGGAGCUGUUGUCUCCUCUUUUGUAGCCGUUGUCUUUUUCACCAUCCUCGUAGUUCUCUCAGGUGUUGCUCUCAAAAGGCACUAGUCAACACCCUUUCUUAAUGUGUGUUCAUCAUUAUUGUAAAACUAUUUUACAUACGUCCUCUGUGUAAUUACUCAUCUUGCCUUGUGUAUGUUGUAUCAAUCUUUUAAAAAGGAAAAAAAAUGAAAGUGUGAUUGUAGCUCUGCUUUUGUG